CCACGCGGGCAGGUCCGGAAACUGAGCAUGUCUGCAAGCGCUCGACGGCGCCGGCGGCAGCGGGGGCAGAGCUGGGCUGCGUCAGGCUGAGCCCAUUCACCUCGCGGCCGCAGGAGCGCAGCGCCGGCGCCGCGCCGCCCAGCCCCGCCGAGAGGGGCGCACUCGCCGCCGCUGGGCCCGCCGCCGCUCACCGCAGCCCCCUCCUGGCGACCCGCAAGUCCUCUCAAACUGUGAGUAACUGAGUGGUUUGUGCAUCAUUCCAGAAGCAAAGCUAAAAUUUUUAGCGGUGUGACUUGACCUGCUAAUUCCCUGUUCUGGAAUCAAGAGAAGACUCCUCGACAAGUUGCUGCAAUGUCUGUAUCUAAUCUGUCAUGGCUGAAGAAAAAGUCCCAGUCGGUGGAUAUUAAUGCUCCGGGGUUCAACCCUUUGGCUGCUGCAGGAAAGCAAACACCACAAGCCAGUAAGCCCCCUGCACCCAAGACCCCCAUCAUUGAAGAAGAACAGAACAAUGCAGCAAAUACUCAGAAACAUCCUUCCAGAAGGAGCGAACUGAAGAGGUUCUACACAAUUGACACUGGCCAAAAGAAGACCCUAGACAAGAAAGAUGGGAGACGAAUGUCUUUUCAGAAACCUAAAGGGACUAUUGAGUAUACUGUUGAAUCAAGGGAUUCUUUGAAUAGCAUAGCCCUGAAAUUUGAUACAACACCUAAUGAACUUGUUCAAUUAAAUAAGUUAUUCUCCCGAGCAGUUGUUACUGGACAGGUUCUAUAUGUUCCUGAUCCUGAAUAUGUCUCCAGUGUUGAGAGCUCUCCAUCUCUAAGCCCCAUAAGUCCUCUGUCACCAACAUCAUCUGAGGCUGAAUUUGAUAAGACCACUAAUCCUGAUGUCCAUCCAAAAGAAACAACUCCCUCAUCUACUUUCACUGGUAUUCGACCUGCACGAGUUGUGUCUUCAACUUCUGAGGAGGAGGAAGCAUUUACUGAGAAAUUUCUUAAAAUUAAUUGCAAAUAUAUUACCAGUGGCAAGGGCACAGUCAGUGGUGUGCUGCUAGUUACACCAAAUAAUAUAAUGUUUGAUCCACAUAAAACUGACCCUUUGGUUCAAGAGAAUGGCUGUGAGGAAUAUGGCAUCAUGUGUCCAAUGGAAGAGGUGAUGUCAGCUGCAAUGUACAAAGAAAUUUUGGAUAGCAAAAUAAAGGAAUCCUUACCCAUAGAAAUAGAUCAGCUAUCAGGAAGGGACUUCUGCCAUUCAAAGAAAAUGACAGGAAGUAACACUGAGGAAAUAGACUCAAGAAUCCGAGAUGCAGGUAAUGAUAGUGCCAGCACUGCUCCUAGGAGCACUGAGGGGUCUCUUUCUGAAGAUGUGUUCACAGAAUCAGAACUUUCCCCUAUACGAGAGGAGCUUGUAUCUUCAGAUGAACUGCAACAAGAUAAAUCUUCUGGUGCGUCAUCAGAAUCUGUGCAAACUGUCAAUCAGACUGAAGUAGAAAGUCUGACAGUCAAAUCAGAAUCUACUGGUACUCCUGGUCACUCAAGAUCUGAUACUGAACAUUCUACAAAUGAAGUUGGGACUUUAUGUCAUAAAACUGAUUUAAAUAAUCUUGAAAUGGCCAUUAAGGAAGGAGAUCAGAUUGCAGAUAACUUUCAAGGAAUAUCAGGCCCUAAAGAAGACAGUACAAAUAUAAAAGGUAAUUCAGACCAGGAUUUUUUUCUUCGUGAGAAUUCUCUACACCAAGAAGAGAGUAAAAAAGAAAAUAUGCCUUGUGGGGAAACAGCAGAAUUUAAACAAAAGCAAACUGUUAAAGGGAAACAAGGAAAGGAGCAAAAUCGGGACUCAGAGACAGAGGUAGAAGAGCUACGCAAACUUUGGAAAACCCAUACUAUGCAACAAACUAAACAGCAAAGGGAAAAUAUUCAACAAGUGUCACAAAAAGAAGCUAAGCAUAAAAUUACAUCUGCUGAUGGACACAUAGAAAGUUCUGCACUUUUAAAAGAAAAGAGAAGGCAUCGAUUACAUAAGUUCUUGUGUCUCAGAGUCGGAAAACCAAUGAGGAAAACAUUUGUAUCUCAAGCAAGUGCUACAAUGCAACAGUAUGCACAGAGAGAUAAGAAGCAUGAAUAUUGGUUUGCUGUGCCACAAGAAAGGACAGAUCAUUUGUAUGCCUUCUUCAUUCAGUGGAGUCCAGAAAUAUAUGCAGAAGAUACUGGCGAAUAUGCCAGAGAACCCGGAUUUAUAGUAGUAAAAAAGAUUGAGGAGUCUGAAACAAUUGAGGAUUCUAGUAAUCAAGCAGCAGCCAGAGAAUGGGAGGUAGUGUCAGUGGCUGAGUAUCACCGCAGGAUCGAUGCUCUAAAUACUGAAGAACUGCGCACACUCUGCAGACGCCUCCAGAUUACUACAAGGGAAGACAUAAAUUCAAAGCAGGUUGCUCCAGUGAAAGCAGACCUGGAGUCUGAAUCUUUUCGACCAAACCUAAGUGAUCCCAGUGAACUUUUACUGCCAGAUCAAAUUGAAAAGCUUACCAAGCAUCUUCCACCAAGAACAAUUGGCUAUCCAUGGACUCUUGUUUAUGGUACUGGAAAACAUGGCACAAGCUUGAAAACUCUUUAUCGAACAAUGACAGGUUUAGACACCCCAGUGCUGAUGGUGAUUAAAGACAGUGAUGGACAGGUUUUUGGUGCAUUAGCAUCUGAGCCAUUUAAAGUGAGUGAUGGCUUUUAUGGUACUGGAGAGACCUUUGUUUUUACGUUCUGUCCAGAGUUUGAGGUCUUUAAGUGGACAGGAGAUAAUAUGUUUUUUAUCAAAGGAGACAUGGAUUCACUAGCUUUCGGUGGUGGAGGAGGAGAAUUUGCUCUUUGGCUUGAUGGAGAUCUCUACCAUGGAAGAAGCCAUUCUUGUAAAACGUUUGGGAAUCGUACACUUUCUAAGAAGGAAGAUUUCUUUAUCCAAGAUAUUGAAAUCUGGGCUUUUGAAUAAAUACAAUGCUCUCUGUCUUAGCAGGAGAAUGGCCCAAACCUGACAUGGACAAGCAUUGUUUGGAAAGUUCAAGAAGCAAUACAGUGUAACAUGUCACUUGUGCUUUAAAAUUAGUCUGUAUCACCAUUUAUUACAAGUAUAAUUUUGGAGUUUAUUUUUCAAAUCAUGUUCUUGUCCCAGAGUUCUUUAGGUUAACACUAUGAACUGCGUCCAUGUACUAGUAUAACAGCUUGGGUUUGUUAGAAUUUGGGCAACAUUUUGAUUAUAAUGACAACUUCAUUUUCACAUGUUAUCUCAGUUCCCUAAUAGGAUGGUGCUCUUUUGUUGAACCUGUAUUGAUUUAUUUAUUUUUUAACUAUAUUGAUUCUUUUACUAGAACAGUCUAAUUGGGGCAUUGAGGAAGUGAAGACUAGAUACUUCUGUAUCUGUGAAGUUGCCACAGGUAACAUUUGGACAUGUUCAUCUUAUUCUUAUGAAGGAAAAAUCACAUGCCAAAAUAGUACAUACUUCAUAGACCACUGAGUUCUAGUUUUUAUUCACACUACAACAUUCUCUGUAACAAUGUUGCAGGUAGUUUCAAUUUCCUUUUAAGAAAAAUGAAAUUUGAGGAGAAUUUUGAUUGUAAUAGAUGACAAUACACAUGAUCUGCAGGUUUGGGCGUAUGCUUUCAUCAUUAAAUUAUCUUAUAAAGUUACAAAUCACAAAGGAGAAUGAGAACUUAAUGAUUCUAUUGGAUUUAAUAUAUUAAGCAAGAAAACAUACUAUUUACAUAUGUGUAGCUUAGUAAGGCAUUAUCAUAAGUACAAAAACUAUGAAACAGAUGCAUUUUUCCUCAACAUACUGUGUCAGGUAUAUACUGUUUUAUAAUUUGGUUGUUUUAGCCUUGUUGCACACCAACUCCCAAAAUAUAGGUUACUCUUGUUCAAAAGGAAAAAAAAAGUGUGAUUUUCUUUGAGUGGUAUAUGUUAUUAAUUACCAUUAGCAUUUGCUCUUAUAAAGGGCAAUGAUUAUAGUAGACAAUAUUGUAACUCAGUAGACUUGUUGAAUAUGCAAACUUACUGUCAAGUGACCUCAAAAAAAAUGAAAAGAUAGAAUACACUAGUAGUUCUUAUCCUCUUUUGUAGUAAACCAAUAAUAGCCAUUGUGGCAAUAAUUCAUCAGUUAAUUUUAAAGCUUCAUGUUAUGCAAAAAAGAAUCCUGCUGUUAUACAUGUGACAGUGACUUUGUGCUGAAAUUUCAGCUAUUCCAGAUAAACAUUGUAUAUCUUGUAAAUUAAUGUUUAAAGGUAGUUUUGUUCUUAUAGAAAGUGUUGAUUGCCGGGUUGCUUAUAGCACUUUAAGUUAUUCUAAAAAUGAAAUUAUAAGCCAAAUAUUGGCUUAAGUAGAUUUAGUUGUAUAGCACUUAGAUAUUUAGUUCUUUUGAAAGUUUAGAUAAUUAUUUAAAGAAAGCAUAAUGCUAAUGGAAAAGAAAAUCUGAUGUUCUAUUAUAAUAUGCUGUUGCUGAAUAUGAAUAGAAAUACAGGGCAUCAUUUCCUCGUCUCAUUAUAAGUUAGUAACAAUAUAUAGAUUAAAUGUUUACAAUAUAGGGAAUUGUAAAUAAAUAUAUCAGUUUUUUUCCCUUUGGUCUUCCACAGCAGUAUUAUUGUCUUUGUGGAGUUGACUAAUCAUAAUAAAAACAUCCUGUAAUGGAUUUCAACUAAAAUAAGGUCAUAGUGGCAUAUACCAAAUAAAAUCAAAUACAGAAAUACAAA